CUUCCGGUCGUCGUCGCCGCUGCUGCCGCUGCUCCUGCUGCUGAGGCUGCUGGCGGAGGCCGGAGAACCAGGCGGCGGCGGCGGCGGCGGCUGAGAGGGCGGCGGCGGGAGCGGAGCGGGACGAGGGAACGAGAGGAAGCCUGAGAGGAGCGAGCGGAGCGCACCGAGCCCCGCCCGCCCUUCCGCGCGCCAGGGCUGCCGGAGGAGCCCGAGCCCCCAGCCGCCGCCGCCGCCGCCGCCCGCCUGCCCGCCCUCCCGCCGCACAAAGCCCGAGAUCCCGCGCCCAGAGCCAUGUCCUCGUCCGCCGGCAGCGGCCACCAGCCCAGCCAGAGCCGUGCCAUCCCCACCCGCACCGUGCCCAUCAGCGACGCCGCGCAGCUACCUCAUGACUAUUGCACCACGCCCGGCGGGACGCUCUUCUCCACCACACCGGGAGGAACCCGAAUCAUUUAUGAUCGAAAGUUUCUGUUGGAUCGUCGAAAUUCUCCCAUGGCUCAGACCCCACCCUGCCAUCUGCCCAAUAUCCCAGGAGUCACCAGCCCCGGCACCUUAAUCGAAGACUCCAAAGUAGAAGUAAACAAUUUGAACAACCUGAACAAUCAUGACAGAAAGCAUGCAGUUGGGGAUGAUGCUCAGUUUGAGAUGGACAUCUAACUGUCCUGUAAGGAUCAGAAGAAUAGCAGCAACGCUGAUACCUGUGUGUGUACCUGAUUUGGCCAAUAGGAUCAACAAUGAAAACACAGAAGAGGCAGUACCAGCAGUCCCCAUUGCAGUGCCCCCUCCUCUUCCUCUGGGUGCCAAAUGAUGCAAAGAUGAGCUUCAUCUGACUAUUUCCUCUUCCUGCUUCUGUUCCCUUUCCCACUUAGAUUAGAUCGAAGGCCCAUGGCGUAUUUCUGUAGAACUAAGCAGCCCACAAAGGAAAACAGUUGAAUUCUGGCUUCCUUAGUCAUUUUUGUAUUGAGACACCCCCCGCCCCUCCAAUUAAAAAAACAAAAAUCCAAAAUCAGAUAUCAACCUACCAAUAAUUGCUGGCUUCCAGGAAAGUCUGGGCAAGUGUUACAGAGGUUUGCUGGGUUCAGCAUUGUUCAUGUUCUUAUCCUGUGUCUCCUGCCUGUCUUCCACCCAUGGUUCAGUGCUACAGCAGUCUGGUUUGGGGUCUUCAAAACCAGAGGGAAAUAAACAAGAAAAGAGCUGCUCUCUCUUGUCCCUUAAGGUGUUUGUCCCUGGGGCCAGCACAGGUUGUACAACUCUGGUAGCACUACCUGUGACACUGUUCUGAGGCCUGCCUCCCCUCCAUCCUCUGGGAGGAAUGCCUUCUGUCUUUGGUAUAAUAGUUUAUCUUUCCAUUCCUUUACUUAGCACAUGUGCGCAAGCAUUUUAAACUCUACAUGAGGGGUCGUCAGUAACCAGCUGUUCUUUCCUCCUCUCCUAUUCUCCCUUCUUGCAUCAUGUUGCUUGCAGUCCUAUUGUACUCUGAGCAGCCACAUGAUUUCAGAGAUAGAGCACUUUGGAUAAGGCCUGAUCAUAGUACUUAAGCAUGAUUUUGGAAGAACCUUGGCCCAUUUGAGUCACUAGUCUUAGUUGUCAUUGUUUUUUUUAAUCCAAUGAGCAUUGUAAUAUCGCAGGCUGCAGUUUUUUAUAUUUUUUAAAGAUGACUUCCAGAAUGCUCUUAGAAAAACCAAGUGUUUUUCCUUUGUGGACCUGCUUUAUUUGGCUGCUGAGAUAGAUAAGCAUGGGCUUCACAAUGUGUUCCUCCCCAUUUUCUUGCUUUCCCUUUGUACCCUGAUUUUCCCUUUCUUUCCCUUCUUCUCUCUUUCCUUUUUCUCUGCCAGGCCAUGUUUCAAAUAUACAUCAAAGAUACCUCAAGUGUUGGUAUCUGAUAAUAUCUGUCACUCUUAUUUGAGAAGUGACCUUUUAUUUUUUAAGAUGACUACAGACCUAUUUUUAGAUAUGUUUUCAGUAAAUUCUGAACAGCAACUUUUUAAUCACAUCUUCCAGUGGUAGGAAGGUGAGAAAUGUCUGUAGGCAAGUCUGCUGUUCCAUGUCACCAUCCUUUGUCUCCUGCAGUCCCUUUCUUUCUCCUCCUAGUUUUGGGUGUGCAUGCUUGGCGUUUGUAGUGGGUGGGUGGUAAAGCUGGACCGUUCUGCCUUGUGGGUUGUUCAUGAAAGCCUCCUUCUUCUCCCUUACCCUUUGCUCUGUCAUUCCCUCUGCUCCCUAGCCACCCCCCUGACUAUUGACUGGCACAGUAAUCCCAGGAGAGUGACUCAGUCCCUCUUAGAAAGACUAAUGCCUCUGUCCCCUCAUAGAAAGACAAGUAGCCUCUGAUAUCCUGGGAAUUUCUGGUUGGGUUUGGUGCCCUGAAUCAUCUAUUGAGAUCACAGCCCAGGGUGAGAGUAACGGGCCAGUUGGCUAAGAAAGAAAGCUGUUUGUUUUUCUUUUGAACCAUGAAAAGACCCUGUGUGCAAAUACAUCUUAGACAAAAGAGGGAGGAUGUCCAAGGAACUUUGUUCUGCUUUCUGCUAUAAAAUGUGAAUAGUUCACAAAGUGAAACCUUUUGUGAUGGUUGAUAUCUCAGGAAUAAGCUGGACCUCCAAAGUUUUGGAGAUGCUUUCAGUCUCAAAAGCUGAUGAUCAGAAAAGUAUUGUUUGUUUGUUUACUUUAUCCCUGUUCUGAUUUUAAUUAAACUCCAGAUUUCGUUUUACAUUCUCUUGGAAAUCUCAAGUUACACUGUCGUUUGCUUAAGAAGCUGGCUUAGGACGUCUGUGUCCCUGGAGCAUGAUUCUUUAGGAGUGAAGAUUUCCUUCUUCAUAUCCUGGCCUUGGCGUCUGAGGAAUCCGACUCCAACUACAGCUGGCCGGGCUGUCAGUGAGCAGAAGAGUAUCCCCUCCCUGACCUUUAUUAUUGCUCAGAAACCUCAGCUGCCUCUCCGAGCAGUGGGGAAUGGAACUAAAACAUGCCAGCUUGAGUAGUGUAAGAUACAGUUUUCCCCUUUGUUUGACAACUUGGGGGAGCUCUGCACGGGCCCCCUAAUUAGAAGCCAUGUUUCUAGUAUUCCUGGGAGUGUCGGCUGUAUAGUGCAACCGCAGCCCAGUCCCUUAGCCUCCUCUGCAAGGACUUCCUUACUGCUGGGUGAACUUCUUUCCUGGAGUCCACUGCCACUAGAAAUACUUUGACUUCAUUAAUGGGUAUCUUAAAGAUGAUUUCACAAGGCAACAUAAAAUUCCAACAGGUGACACCUUUGUGCCAAGCUUCCGAAUCGUUUUCAGGGCAAGCAGAAUCCAGUAGGUGGUUUACUUCUGGGUGUUUGAAAGGAAACUCAGAGAUAAAUCCCUGAAUGAACUAUCUAUCCUGACUUUUCCUUGGGGAGGGAACAUCCUUCGGGUACCAUUUGAGUGAAACAGUUCUUAAAAUCUUAGUGAUCAUUUGUAUUUUUGUUUCUGUACUUCUGGUGACAGUCCAUCUUAAUGACGAUGACCUCUUUCUCCAAAUUCCUGCAGGAGAUUUGCAUCGUCGUGGUUCUCCGUUCUUUUAUGGUGUGGUUUCUUUAGCUCACCACUUCCUCAUUCUGUAUAAAUACUUACCGAAUUCUCAGGAGCACAGAGCAGAGAAACUGGCUUCUGGGUAUUAGGCUUCCAAGCCAAGCGUUCUGUCCUUCCACUUCUGUUAUCUGUUGCUGCGUAACUCCCCCAAACUCAAACUCUUAAAAAGGCAAACAUCAUCUGUCAGUUUCUAUAGGUUUGGAACUUGGAAACAGCUUAGCAUCGUGGGUCUGGCACAGGGGUCUUAGGAAGUUGCAGCCCAAGGUGUUGGCAGGGUCUGCAGUUGUCUGGGGCUGGAGAAUCUACUUCUGAGCUCUCUCUUUGUGGUUGUUAGCAGGAUGCCUCAGUUUCUCCACAUGCAAGUCUCUGUGUAGAAUAUUGUGAGUGUCCACACACCAUGGCUGCUGGCUUCCCCCUGAGAGGGUGAUCUGGGGGAAGAAGGGGCAGGGAGGAAUUUGCAGUGCCUUUUAUGACAGUCUUUGAAAGCACACACCUUCACGUCUUAUUCUGUUCCUUAGGAACAAGCCACUAAGCCCAGCCUGCACUCUAGGGGAGAAAUAGACCCCUACCUACUGUAUAGGGCAGUAUCAAAGGAUUUGUGGAUAUAUCUUCAAACCACCUCACCCCUAACAGGAUGAAACCAGGCCAAAAGGAGUGGGGGUUAGGUUUAAACUAGAUGAUAUAUUGAGAGAGAUGUUGCUACUGAGAACAGUUUUCUGAGAUGUGUUAUCCUCAAACCGGGAUAGAAGACAGAUUAUUUCCUGAAAGCUACCUGCUAGUUUUGAGGGGUGGCAGGAAAUGGCAGCUCCCAGGAGAGCAUAAUGCGUAUACACUUGCCUGGCUAACAGCAGCCCAAAGAUGCUACUUGCAAGUCCCUAAAAAUUCAGUACCACUUACUUGCUAUCCCCUCUAGCCAGGAAUUGGCCAAGGGAAUUGGGUCUGUGUAGCUGAUCCACUAAAGCUGACAAUCGGAGUUAGGGUUUCUAGCAAAGAGAGCAAAUGUGAAGUAGAUGUUGGAUCACUGAGCUGAAGAAAAGUAAUAUAAGAACUCACCGUGUACGGAUUUACACUCUGCCUCUUACCAGCAUUUUCUUACCUGUAGCCCGGCUUGCUCUAGAGGUCAGAUUCAGGGUGCAAUAGAUGAUGGCAUCUGGACCAGGCCCACCAGAGGCGAUGCUUGACACUGGUCUUCAGCUGCACCAGCUGAAACUCCUUGAUCAAGUGUUCACCCAAGGGGCUACUCGUCAAAGUAGGGAACAUCUGGGAAUUAGGAAUGUCGUUGCUUGAUUGUCCUUUAAGUUCAGUAUUACAGGUUAACUCGUGUGCCCACUUAGUCCGGGGCCUCUUGAUGGAAAUGGGUUUUUUUGUGUUGUUUUUUUUUUUAAAUAUAUUUUAUUGAUUUUUUACAGAGAGGAAGGGAGAGAGAUAGUCAGAAACAUCGAUGAGAGAGAAACAUCGAUCAGCCGCCUCCCGCACAUCCCCCACCGGGGAUGUGCCCGCAACCCAGGUACGUGCCCUUGACCGGAAUCGAACCUGGGACCCUUCAGUCCGCAGGCUGACGCUCUAUCCACUGAGCCAAACCGGCCUCGGCGGAAAUGGUUUUUUAAAGAGAACCAGUCUUGUCUUCACUCUUGCGAGAAACUUGGGUGAGGUUUGUCAGUUUGACGCAUUCUUAGGGAGUGUCUGCUGUGAGUGUGUGACACCCAUGCCCAACCAGGUUUAUAGAGGUUUCAGACAUCUCGAAGAUGCAGAUUCUCAUACGGAUUUACACUCUGCCUCUUACCAACGUUUUCUUACCUGUAGCCCUGCUUGCUUCAGUGUAGGCUUGAAGAAAAGCAUUGCUACUGAGGCAGCUAUAAGAAACAGCUAUUUCUUCUUAAAGAAAGGAACUCAUCUUUAAGGCACCUUCAAAUUAAUUAUGCUUUUCCUUCUGAUUUUAAAGUGGAGUCAACCUAGACAGUGUUUUAUUUAUCAGCUCUUAGGGACUCUCAGAACUUACCUUCCCAGUUCAAACAUUUCCAUUAGGAUGUACCCGCUGGAUUUGUGUGGGUUUCAUCCCAGAGCCCAUCAUUUGCCAGUAUGUAUUGAGCAUAUGCUUUGAAUCAAGGCCACUGGUGCAAGGGGCUCAUCUUGGCAGUAAUAUCCCAGAAACUGAACCUUUUUCUAUUCUCCCAUCUUGGCUCCUCAGUGGGGUAUCAAGCAUCUUGGCUGCUGAGCCAGGGCCCUCAGCCCCUUGUAUAUCUCUUUAAAGAGGAGGCCCAGUGCCUUUAUUUGGGUCAGAACUUUCCCUUCUUGGCAUGUUUCUGGACUACAUGCAUACCGGCAGCUAUUGAUAAAUAUGCGAAAAAUUCAAUCACUCACCUGUGACCUCUGGGAGGGGAGUUGUAUUUGUUUUAAAAAGGCAUUGUUUCUUUGGGAGGGCAGUUUCUGUCUGGACUAGAAGGGGGUGCAGUUAUCACACAUACUUCCUUCGCCCCAAAGUUCUUUACCUUUCAGCUUUCAAUAAAAGUUGAAAACAGAUUUGGAGGCAAUUCUUUAGAAUGCUUGUCACCCAGGGGGAUUUCCUGUUCUAGUAAUCAUUUUCCAGUUGAGUAUUGGAGUUUUCUUGAGGCAAGCUCCCAGAAAUUUUUUACUGAAGACUAAGGAUGAUUGAUACAUACCUAUUUUUCAAACAAUCAUUCAUGUCACCUUUCUCAGCUUCUGGAUUGCACAUUUCUUUGUGCUCGUCCUGGAAGUUGAUACCUUUUGGGAAAGCUUAGAUUUAGGAGGUCUUUCAAGGUCUUGUUCACAUGGUCUGUGGUUUCUCAUUGCCUAAUCUCUGCCUGAAGCCCUGGCAGACCAUACUGUAGAUGCUGAUGGAAAAUAUUAUGAAGAUGAAAAUACAUUUUCGGGAGUAUUUAAACUCUUAACUCUGCCACCUUUCUAUGAGUGGGAGGCGGGCUGAGAGAUGCUGCAAUGCUUGAUAAUCAUUUAGCCAUGCUGAAAUUUGCAACGGGAACUCUUGUCGGUGCUUAAAACCAGAAUUCCUGGUCACUUCAAACUUGGAGAAUUCCAUGAAUCUAGCACAGAAUAGCCAUACUUGCCUAUUGCCAUCCCUGUCUCUCCAUCUUAAUCUUUGAAAAGAAAAAAGAAAAAGGCAAAGCCCCAGCCAAGGGUAAUUUUUACUUGAAACCAGGAGAGUGGGGGAGGAACACUGUAGAGAUCAGGGGCGAGCUAUCCGCGGCAGCCAUCCUGCUCUGCUGCGUGUCCAGAUCAGAGUACUGUGAGCCAGUGCCUUUCCUCCACCUGAAGAUGGAGCCCAUCUCCCUCCCUCGGUGAGGAGACCCUGUGCUACCCAGGGUAAACCUUCGAGAAGGUGGCUUAGAGAGCCCGGUGGACACUCACAUAUUCCGUGUCCAUUUUAAGCAUCUUUAAAAUAUUUUAGACAUUCAAAAAUGCCCUUCCCUGUCUUAGCGACACCAGUGGCCCAAUUCCAUCCAUUCUGAAUGGAAAGCAGAGACUGCCAGUUCUUCCUUUGAUCUUCCCUUCAUCCCCCUUGAUGUGGCUGACCCUGACCCCUCAUCCAUUUCACUGUCAUGGAUGGAUAGCAGAGGGCACCAUGUAGUCCUGAGGCAGUCCCGUGUGAUUCUGUGAUCAGUUGUUUUGGGUUUGGGUUUUUUGGUGGUUGGGUUUUUUUUUGUUUUUUUUUUGUCUAAUUGUCCUUUCAAACCAGCAGGUGUUUGGAAAUUAGUGAAAAAAUAAAUUCUCACCAAUGGUUGCUGUUACAGUUAAAUCAAUAAAGAUCUUGGAUAUCAA